GCGCUCAGGUACUCGGACACACAGGCACGCUCUCUACCUGGCGCGGUGUACGAGCGACGUCACUACCCGCUUCCAAUCAGAUAUGAAGAAUGAGGAAGACGAGUCCAUCCGCCGGGUAGAGAGGACAGAGGUCACUACCAAAAAAACAAAGGAAAAAGAAAAAAGAAAAGGUCUUUCUGUCUAGUUGGCUGAAAGGGGAUGCGUGUUAUUUAUUGAGAAAUAAAGUGCCAUUAGUUUGUGGAAACAGGAGGGAUGACAUUCAGCUGUACCGACGGCUGGUGCGUCCGGUUUGUGGAGCGACACCAGCCGGCGCUGAACUUCGCGCUGCUGGUUGUCGGCUACGUCCUUUACCUCAUAGUCGGCGCCGGGAUCUUCUCCGCCAUCGAGCUGCCCUACGAGCACGAGCUGCGGCGGGAGCUGGUGGCGGCCCGGCGCGACUUCCUGAGCAACAACACCUGCGUGUCCGACGCGCGCCUGGAGGAGCUCCUGGCCCAGGCGCUGGAGGCCAGCAACUAUGGCGUGUCCGUGCUGGGUAACGACACCGUCCGCAACUGGGACUUCGUGUCCUCCCUGUUCUUCACCAGCACCGUGCUGACCACGACAGGUUACGGCCACACUGUUCCUCUCUCAGAUGAAGGGAAGGCCUUCUGUAUCUUCUACACCCUCUUUGGCAUCCCCAUUACCCUCUUCUUCCUCUCUACUAUGGUGCAGAGGAUCAUGGUCCUGGUGACCCGACGUCCAGUGUCCUACCUCCACCGUCGAUGGGCCGUGUCUAAAUCGAACCUAGCCGCCAUCCACGCCACCUGCCUCGCCGUCUUCAUGACCCUGCUGCUCCUCAUCAUCCCCGCGUGGAUCUUUAUCAACCUUGAGAAGGACUGGAACUUUCUGGAGGCUCUGUAUUUCUGUUUCAUCUCUCUGACAACCAUUGGCCUCGGCGAUUAUGUCCCCGGAGAGACCCACAGUAAAGAGGCCAACCCACACCCACAGCUCUACAGGCUGACCAUUACAGCCUACUUGCUGCUGGGCUUGGUGUCGGUCCUGGUGGUGCUGGAGACGUGCUGCGAGCUUCCCCAGAUGAGACGCCUCAGACAGAGGUUCUACCAAGAAAAUGUUCAGGAGCUAGACUCCGAGACCAUCCACAUCAUCGACCGGGAUCACAUGAGCGACCAGCUGACCGACCGCUCAGGUCACGUGACAGAUAACCUACCAGUCAUCCCGUCCGUGUCAGAACAGGCCGCGUCCUUACAGCAAGACGGCAGGUCAAUGCCUUACAGCGCGGCAUCAGGCUCAGUUGCUAACAGAAAACUGUGAUGAUAGAUUGUCUGCCACACAUUGUUUUUAAGGGACUGGUCUAUGAAAUUUUGCCCUGUACGUGGCUGCUAAGGACAUACUGGCACCUAAUGCUAUCUAAAUGUGUAUAUAUGAGCGUAUAAGCAGCCUGACCAUGCCUGUGUGUAUGUCUACAUCUAAGCAGAGUCACUUAAUUGCUUAAGAAGUGAUUGCUUUCUGCCCUUGCCAACACCAACACAUAUUUGUGGUGUAAAAGCAGGAACCACCCACAGAUAAUCAGGAUGGCAUUGUUUUCUUGUUCUCUGCUGUUGCUCCAUUCCUUGUAGAUAAGAGUUACAUCUGUGACACAGAGGAAGGGCUGGGCACCCAAACGGAGGGAAGCCCUGCGAGUUUCCACUUCCUGCCAAAGUCUUGAAGCUAUAAUUCCAACGCAGCAUAGUUUGCUCUAGAGGAUUUCACACUCCCUUUAAGCACAUUGUAUAAUCCUUGGUGGUAUUUGCAAAUUUGCCUUCCUGGAAUUCAUAAAGCGGUACCAGAUGAGUCAGAGAAUGAGGCGCACCAUCACUCUUCCUAUUGUACAUUAUGUGGCAUUACUCUGAGUAAAAUAUCAAAUAAUGCCAAGGAAUUGGCUUCCUGGUUGCUCUUAGGUGGUGUUUGGCCUUCAGCUCCGCUUCGCAUGGUUACAUUCAGUAGUUCAUUGUGGUAAUAAUACUGCAAUAUGUGCCCUCUUACCACUAGAGGGCAUGACUUUCAUUUUACAAACAAAAAAAUAGGUUUACAUGUUACUGGGAAUUUAUCUCUCAUACUGCUUAGGGGAUUGUUACUUAAAAAUAUAAUUAAGGUGCAAGAAAAAUGUCAUUGUUGCCACUGAGAAUGAGGGAGCAUGGUGUGGAACAAAGUAUUUUUUUAAUAUCCAUAUAUUUUGUCAAGCCAUCCCUGUUUACAGGGGAGCUAAACUGAAUGGACAGUAUAUGGCGACGGAUGUUUUAUGUCUGCAAAACAGCUUGAAACUUAGCUUAAUACUUGUUACAAAUAAGAAUAAGAAGGAUUAUACUUGUCUUCCAAAGAUCAUUUUGGUGCUGUUUUCACUCUCAUUUCGCAAUGGGUUUUAAUCAAGAGCAAAACGUUGUCACGGUAGUUUUUAUAGAAAUACAUUUUAAGUGUAAAUAAAU